UGUAAUUUACAAACCGUUCUUCAGCGCCCUCUGUUAAUUUAGUUAUAAAGUGCAGCAUGUGUUAGCUACUUCCGGAGGAGACAAGCUUGCCCCCACCGGUACAUGUAGUGAACAGCUUCUAGAAGCAGGUAAUCAAGGAUUUUACAAAUGCAAAAAAAUACAUCUAGAAAUCUACAAGUCUGUGAGUCAUGAGAUGACAACAGUUCUACUGUAACUUCUAAAUCACCAUGGCGACUGAGGAUCAUAUGGAGGGCCUGACCGUCACCGUUCGUCUGAUCCGAUCCUUCCAACACAAGAACCUGAAGAACGUCGUGUUUCACAAGGUCCACCCGGACAUGACUGUUGACAACUUCAUGGACAUGGUCAGGAAAGACAUCCAGACAAGACCAGGGCUGCCACCACCAUUUAGAAAACAUGCAUAUGAUACAUUGAAGUUGGAGUUCAAAGCCCAUUGUAACAAGACCAACAACCCAGUGAUCAACACAGGAGAUGAUGAGAAGCUCAUGCUGAAGUCUGGUGCCACACUGAGGGAGAGUGGAGUAGAGAACGAGACUGAAAUUUCUUUCUUCAAACGAGAGGAAUAUGAAAACUUUGUGGAGAAUCCAGUUACAAAAUGGUAGCAGUGGUGAAACCCUGCAUUUUAUAAUAUCUCAUCAACACUGUACAUUUUCUUUUUUUAUCUGUUAUAUCCAUUUUAGUCUAUAUCUACAUUUUAUGAAGGGUUUCAUGUCAACUGAUUUUUUAAAAAUAAAACACGAAACACAUAUUUAAGGUAUCAUAAAAAAGAAGACAAACACAUUUUCUUCUAAGUUAACCGUCAACCACAAAUAUUUAUUCAAAAUAGGACUCCUGAGCAGUCUAUGCAAACAUAUGUACAGUCUGACUUCAUGAACAGAGAAGUCAUUGAUAGAAUUUUAAAUGUCAAAAAAUUUCUUGCCUUAGAAAUAUGCAAAUGUACAAGGUUAUUUCUAAGGAACACC